GUCAUAGAUAAAUCAUACUUUUAUAGGUAAGUUGCUGGCAAUUUCGGUGAAGGAGACGAAUUACUUCACUCAGUUGAGUCGAGGGAGAGACUGCGCUAGAGGAAAAAAGAACAAGUGGCUGCUGCAGGAUGCGGACAUUGCAAAAAUUCAAGAAAAAAUCAACAACCAUAUAAUAUCAAUGGCAGAGUUUUUAUCCGCUGCGACUCACAAAAUAUUAACUCUUGUGGAAUCGUACCAGCCGACGCUGACGAUGAGAUAGAGAUGCAGAAUUUACUACCAGUCAUGGAGCUCAAGCCUCAAAUCACAGUGACGGUCCCUGAAGCCCUUCCCACCUCGCUGUACAACGACUAUCAGUGGAAUCCGGUCCAGCUGUCGAGCUCAUGUCAUCAGCUGUGUGCUGAGGAGUUCAUGUCCUUGGAGGACAUAAGAAAACAACGUGAAGGCCUCAUGCGAUGUUUACGGCAGGAUCCUGAUGAAACUGUGGAAUCGGCAGAAGAAUUGCCAAUUUGCCUAAUUUGUAUGGAUUCUCGGGCAACCCGCCUCUGCGGUCAAUGCGGACAUUUUGUCCUUUGUGGCCGUUGUGUAAACGACUUUAUUCAAAGAGAGGUAAAUUGGCAUUUCAAAAUCUGGGACUAAAAAUUGAGAAAUACUUUGCAUAAUAAAUUGACCCUGAAGCCAUAAAAGUGUCUAAGGCAUAUCAUGGGGAGGAGGUAGAGCAGUUAGAAGAGAUUACAUCAAAUACACGCCAAUCCAUUUAAUCAUUGGUGGAUACCCCUGCAAUUACCUCAGCAGGGCAAAUCCCGCCAGAACAGGACUCUCAGGUACAAUAAUCUAUUUGUACUAGUUCUCAUGUGAGGUAGAGAAGAUAGGGGACGUCAAAGAGAUUACAUCAACAACCCUGGCAAAAUGCCUGCCAGCAUAGUUGAAAACCCAACCAACACAGUCCUUAACAAGGUAACCGUUACUGGAACCAAGGUGAAGGUUUUUUUUCACAUUUUUGACUGGCUAGGAUAUUUUAGAAAUAAAAAUGGAAGACAAUUAAAGGGAUCACAAAGUUCAGUCAUUUUCAUUUCAACUGCAAUGAAAAAGGUGUAGCUAAUGUAAAAGUUGGAUUAGGCGACCCUGAUGAAAAACACCUAAUCACUUUUGACGUAGAACCUCCCACUGAUUUACCCCAAGAAAUUAAACCGGUGGGGCUGACUAUUUAAAGAAAAAGUGUUUAUACCAGAAAA